CGCCCUGCGCGCCCCUCCCCCAGCCCCCACCCCCCAGCCCGGGACUUCAGCUCAAGUCGCCUGGCGUCCGAGCUCCCUCCCCAGCCGCAGCCUCAGCAGGGGGAGCGGGAGCAGGAGCAGGAGCAGGCGGGGAGCGGCCGGCGCGCGCCCGCCCAGGGGAGUUGGGGUUCGCAGGGGGUUGUUUUCGGCUCUGAGGAGGUCCCCGCCCAACCUUCAAAAUUUUGUCCAAAAGCAGACAAGAGGAUCGCCCCGCGCUGAGCCGGCUGGUGGGCAGCAGGAGGCGCCUGAUCGCCGCCGGGGCGCUGGGGGUGGUGAUGGUGCUGCUGCUGGUUAUCCUCAUCCCGGUGCUGGUGAGCUCGGCCGGCACGUCGGCGCACUACGAGAUGCUGGGCACCUGCCGCAUGGUCUGCGACCCCUACGGGGGCACCAAGGCGCCCAGCACGGCCGCCACGCCCGACCGCGGCCUCAUGCAGUCCCUGCCCACCUUCAUCCAGGGCCCCAAAGGCGAGGCCGGCAGGCCGGGGAAGGCGGGCCCGCGCGGGCCCCCCGGUGAGCCCGGGCCGCCGGGUCCCGUGGGCCCUCCGGGCGAGAAGGGCGAGCCCGGCCGCCAAGGCCUGCCGGGCCCGCCCGGGGCGCCCGGCCUGAACGCGGCCGGGGCCAUCAGCGCCGCCACCUACAGCACGGUGCCCAAGAUCGCCUUCUACGCCGGCCUCAAGCGGCAGCACGAAGGCUACGAGGUGCUCAAGUUCGACGACGUGGUCACCAACCUCGGUAACCACUACGAUCCCACCACGGGCAAGUUCACCUGCUCUAUCCCGGGCAUCUACUUCUUCACCUACCACGUCCUGAUGCGCGGAGGGGACGGCACCAGCAUGUGGGCUGAUCUCUGCAAGAACAACCAGGUGCGUGCCAGUGCCAUUGCCCAAGACGCUGAUCAGAAUUAUGAUUAUGCCAGUAACAGUGUGGUUCUUCAUUUGGAGCCAGGAGAUGAAGUCUACAUCAAACUAGAUGGCGGGAAAGCACACGGAGGAAAUAACAACAAAUACAGCACAUUUUCUGGAUUUAUUAUUUAUGCGGACUGAUAACGCAGAAACUAAGCUUAUUAUUCUGAGUUUGGACGCUGGAUUCGUAUGGCUGACGUCACUGAAUCAAGGAUCCCAGGGGAUGCCAGUUGCGGGGCACCUCAGUUGUGUAUAUGUGGGGAAUUCAAAUGCUACCUGACUCACAUCUGUAUACUCAGAAACAUUCUGUAAAAAAAAAAAAAAAAAAAAAUUAAAA